GGUGCGUCAGAGUCGAGCCGCCGUCAUCGCACCCGAACCCCUCUCAGAACACCUGGACAUCCCCAAGGUCCUAAAGACCACCAGCGAGGCGGAGCAGAUCCGGCGGGCGGUCCAGAAGAAUGACUUCCUGAGUCGCCUUGACGACGAGCAGAUCUCCAUGAUGGUCGAGCUGCUGGAGGCCAUGGACCGAGGCCCUGGGGAUGACAUCAUCGUCGAGGGCUCCGAGGGAGACAUGAUGUACAUUGUAGCAGCUGGCGAGCUGAAGGUGUCGCAGGGAGGUCACGACCUCCGAACCCUCUGCUCCGGGGACGUGUUCGGAGAGCUGGCCAUACUAUACAACUGCAAGAGGACGGCGUCUGUGAAAGCCUUCACUGCGGUGAGACUCUGGUGCAUCCAGAGACAGAAGUACCGGACCAUCAUGACCAACAAGUCCAAGAGGAAGCGGGAGCAGCUCAUGGGAUUCCUAAAGACGGCCCAGACUCUUAAGGCGCUGAAUGAUGUGCAGCUCUCCAACAUCAUCGAUUCCAUGGAGGAGGUGAAGUUCCAGAAGAACGAGGUGAUCGUGCGAGAGGGAGCAGAGGGGAACACAUUCUACAUCAUCCUGGACGGAGAGGUUCUGGUAACCAAGAAGGUAAACGCCCAGCAGAAGACCAUCCGCAGAAUGGGCCAGGGAGAGCACUUUGGAGAGCUAGCGCUAAUACGUGAGAUCCUGCGGACUGCCACAUGCACCGCCCUGGGACCCGUCACCUGCUUCUGCAUCGACAAAGAGGUCUUUGAAGACACCAUCCCCAUUGAGAAUCUGGAGCUGCAUGACGAACUCAGCGUGCUGGAGCCCUCCGUAGAGCCUGAGACCAUCCAGCCCGGCACGUCCCUGCGGCUAAAGGAUCUGGUUCCCGUGUUCUACCAGGAGGGCCGUUACCAGGGCGACCCAGUCACUCUCGGAGUGGGGGGUUUUGGGCGUGUUGAGCUGGUCACCACACUGAACCAUGGGAAAUAUUUUGCCGUUAAGAAAGUCAGCAAAAAGCACAUCGUUGCUAAGCGACAAGAGGCCCAUGUAAUGUUUGAGAAGAGAAUUCUACAGAUCAUUCAGUGUGACUUCAUCAUCAAGCUUCACGCUGGGUUCAAAGACUCACGCUACAUCUACAUGGUCAUGGAGUUCUGCGGGGGAGGGGAGAUCUGGACCAAACUCAAGGAAGUAGGGCGCUUUGAUGAGCCGGUGGCGGUGUUCUGUAUGGCGUGUGUGGUGGAAGCCUUUGCCUACCUGCAUAAGAAAGGCAUCAUGUGUGUGUGUGUGUGUGUGUGUGUGUGUGUGUGUGUGUGUGUGUGUGUGUCUCAGGGGGCGCUUUGAUGAGCCGGUGGCGGUGUUCUGUAUGGCGUGUGUGGUGGAAGCCUUUG